AUGAGUGGGAUAACGCGGCGUCGUUGGUACCUUCUUCGCCACGCACAGUCGUCAAACAACUCGAGGAACAAGCUUGACAUUCCAGAGAUCGCACAAGAGCAGCAACAGCAACAGCAGCGUGGUCACGGCAAGACGCGCAUUCCAGACGCUCCUUUGACAGAUUUGGGGAGGCAGCAGUCUGUGGCUGCGGGCUGCUUUCUGCAGCACCAGCAACAGCACGUUCAGCGGCAGCAUGCAGAGGCGCCAAACCCCCGUAUUGCAGCCAUUGUCGCCUCGCCGAUGCUGCGGGGUGUCCAGACAGCUCGCGAGCUCCAGAAGCUGUUGCAAGUGCCCGUUCUGAUCCACCCCCUGCUAUUCGAGGCGGGGGGCCUAUUUGAAGGAGAGCGACAGGCAAUUGAGUCCGCUACUUCUGCAACAGCAACAAAAGUUGCUGCGAACGACGCAGAAGGGCCCCAGGAGGAGCGACUCGGACUGACGUGGGAGCAACUGCACGAAAUUUGCCCAGCAGCCGUUGUGGCUCCUGGGGUGUCUUGGCCCCCAGCAGAGCAGGGAGAUGCGAGUUGUGGCUGCUUGGACAAGACAGCACUGCCUCGCUGCGGCGAGUCUUCCGCUGCUAGCGUCUCACUUGGCGGGGGGUACAGCCCCGAGGCCCUCCGUGGGGGGGCCCCUUGGUGGCGAGGCCCCCGUGAGACAUUCUUUGGUACCUUAAGGAGGGCCUUGUUGUUGGUCCAGUGGAUCGACAGCUGGAGCGCCCACGCCGGCUCCGCGGACGGUAGUGCAGCUCCGGAAGUCGCAGAGGCAACAGGAGAUGAAGAAGCAGCAGCGGUAAGCGCGCUCAAGGGGGAUGGUGCCCUCUUGGUUGUAGGACACGGCCUCUUGAUGGACCUGCUCAUGAAGGCACUUGUUGCAGGCCCUGCAGCGGGGAUCUGUAGCUGCACUGUGCUGUACGAGCAGGAGCGGCAGUUGUUUGAGCAGCUCCAGCACAGUGAGUGUUCGCUUAACGCCUUGUACAUGCCACAGCAGCAGGCGGUGUACUUUCUCUCGGGCAACUGCAGUCUUUCUUGCAUCGAUGUGGUAAUACACCCGGCUACUGGCAGCCCACAGACGCCGCAGCAGCAGUGCGUGCCCCUGCGCUGUGUAUCGCGAGACGGCCGCUGUUGCUGUUGCUGCAGGUGCCACAGCUGCACCAGCAGAGGCCUUCAGCGGACGACAGCCGUCGUGUACUGGGGGAGGCAAAUCGUCAGCCCCGAGAUCGCAACGGGUCACGCACUAGGGAAUUCCGUUGUGGUUUCUAUCUGA